AUGCCAAUUGGAAAUAACAAAGAUAACGAUGGAACUACCCUGAAUAUCUCAGGGUUAACCAUCUCUGAUAAGAGUUCGUCAACUUCAUCAAACAACAACACAACAACAACAACAACACAAACUAGUGAACCAUAUGUCCCACCAUCUCGUAGAAACAAGAUGAAUAAUAGUUCAGGUUCAUCAAGAGACGAUUAUCCAUCACCAUCUGACCGUGAUAAUCGUGAUUCACCAUUCAAUCGUGACCGUCGUGACGAUGGUUACAGAGGUGGUAACAAUUUUAGGGAAAAUAACUCUAAUAACAACAACAACAGUAGAGAUAACUACAAAAGUCCAUCAUUCUCAAGAAACAAUAAUAGUAAUGGUGGUGGUAGUAGUAGUGGUAGCGGUGGUUGGGAUAAUGGUCCAAGAGAACAAGGCCCACCAAGAGGUAAUAGUUACUCUUAUUCACCAAAUAAUUCAUUCUCUCGUGGUGGUAAUCAAGGUGGUUAUGGUAAUAGAGGCGGAAGUGGCAGUAGUUUUGGUAAACCAGCCAAUAAAAAUGAUCGUUACUACGAUAGAUGGUCAAACUUUAGAGAUUCAAGAAAUCAUCCAGAAAUGAAAAGAGAAUUCAUUGAUCUCGAAGAACACAAAGCCGAAGAAAUCUUCAAAAAGAAUGAUGACAACAUUGGUAUCGAUUUCAAUGCUUACGACGAUGAUGAUAUCUCCAUUGAAACCAGUGAACAUAUUUGUGCUCCAUUGAAUUCAUUUGCCGAUGUUGAUUUGGGUGAUGUUUUAUUGGGUAAUAUUAAACAUGCCAAAUACACCAAACCAACUCCAGUUCAAAAAUCUGCACUUCCAAUCAUUUUGAAAAAUCGUGAUUUAAUGGCUUGUGCUCAAACUGGUUCAGGUAAAACCGCUGCUUUCUUAUUCCCAAUCAUUUCCGGUAUUUUAUUAGAUGGAGCACCAGAAGCUCCACCAGCCUAUAAACCAGGUGUUCCAAGAGCUGCUUGUCCACGUGCAUUAGUACUCGCACCAACUCGUGAAUUGGCUCAACAAAUCUUUGAUGAGGCAAACAAAUUCUCUUAUGGUUCACCAGUAUCAUCGGUCGUAAUCUAUGGUGGUGCAGAAGUUUUCCAUCAAAUCAAUGAAUUAGAUAGAGGUUGUGAUAUCUUGGUAGCAACAACUGGUCGUCUCGUUGAUCUCUUAAUGCGUGGUCGUGUUUCACUUUCAAAAAUUAAAUACUUGGUUUUGGAUGAAGCUGAUCGUAUGUUAGAUAUGGGUUUUGAACCACAAAUUCGUCAAAUCAUCUCUGAAUUUGAUAUGCCAGGUUGUAGAGAUCGUCAAACUCUUAUGUUUUCUGCUACAUUCCCAAAACAAAUUCAAAAUCUUGCAGCUGAUUUCCUUUACAAUUACAUCUUCUUAAAAGUUGGUGUUGUUGGUACCACUCAAAAUAUCACACAAAGAAUUGAAUACGUAGUUGAAGAGGAUAAAAACAGUUACUUGUUAGAUUAUCUUAGUGGUUUGAAAUCUGAUGGUCUUUGUCUCAUUUUCGUUGAAACUAAACGUUCUUGUGAUACUCUUACCUACUUUUUAAAUCAAAGAAAUUUCCCAACUACCUGUAUUCAUGGUGAUUUAACUCAACCAGAAAGAGAAAAUGCACUUCAAUCUUUCCGUUCUUUUGCAACUCCAUUCUUAGUAGCAACUGAUAUUGCAUCAAGAGGUCUCCACAUCGGUAAUGUUAAUUUGGUUAUCAAUUUCGACUUGCCUACCGACAUACAUAUCUACGUUCAUCGUAUUGGUAGAACCGGAAGAGCAGGAAAAAAAGGUUUAGCAAUUUCCUUCUUCAAUGAAAAGAAUAAACCAGUUGGUGCUGAACUUUUGAAAUUAAUGAAAGCUUCAAAUCAAGAUAUUCCAGAUUGGUUUGAAAAGAUGGUACACAAUCUCCGUAUGUCUAAAGGUCCAUCAAACUCAAAAUCAAAUAGUCCAUUCAACAAAUCUUACAAUAGUCAUCACAAUAGAGAUGAUAACCGUGGUGGUUAUGGUGGUGGUGGUGGUGGUAAUGGAGGUUACAGUAACAACCGUAAUGAUAGAAGAGAAGAUAAAUCAGAUUACUCAAUGCAUCACCCAUACUUUAGCAACAAUGGUGGUUCAUAUAAUUAA